AUGUACCAAUGGCUGCUCGCGGUCCUCCGCGCCCUCCGCGACGCCGCCCGCCAGGCCCCGGCCCCGGCCCUCACCCUCAGCCCGGAGCCGUACCCGGACCCGCCGCCCCGAAAGAAGCCGAACCCCAGUGUCCUGUCACCUGUGGAAGAUCCUGAGGAAAUUCCUGCGAAGAGGCUGAAAACAGAAUGUGUCUCUGGGGCUAACAAGGAGCCUGAAGAGGUUUCUGUGGCUGCCAAGUUGCCACUGGAGGCAGCAAGUAGAAGCCAGGAGACUAAAGAGAGAGAUGCCUUCUUCUCUGAUUCUGAAGAUGAGGUUGUGUAUGUUUCUUCUGGCUCUUCAUUUGUAGCAACUACAGAGGAUGAGGACACAACAAAACCUGACGAAAUGCCUUGUGACACCAACCCCUGCUUGACUGGGGAAAUAACAUCCUCUCUUUUGCAGAGAGUUCCAUAUCUGAGGACUGGCCACAUCCAAGCUGCUCUGGAGAGCCCUGUCACACCCAGGCCCCCCAUUAAGGAGCCAGGUCCCAACUCUCCAGGAGUCAGUGGCACCAGGAGGCCUUUGUGUGCUGCUGAAGAGGAUGUUCAGCAAGCAGAAAAUAAGAAAUACAAAGAGCUCUUGAGUCUGUUCAAGGAAAAAUAUUCUGGAAGACUUACUUCUCCAUGGCCAGCAAGACUCAACAAAGUUCAAACCAAGGAAGCAAGGAUGACUGGGAGUCCCCUGAGAGAGCAGAAGUCCAGAGGUGCCUCUCCACCUGUGCCAGAAAGGACCAGUAUCAAACAUGGGGAUGUUUUCAGCCCCCAGCUGCCUCAGAGAGGUGUCAUGAUCAGCUACUACACACCACCAGAAGACUCUCGUGGACAGGCAAGACAAGAGAAACAAGCUGCUUCAGAGGGGCAGCGUGAAGCCAAAGCCCCCCAAGGAAAGCUGUUUGAGUUCCAUGUGACACCUGUCCUGUCCAAAGACCUCUUUUUUGUGGACAAAGAGCCACUGCCGAGCCCAGAAAAGCCAGCAGAUGAUCUGGCUCCACUGACAGAGGCCAUGGAGAGUGAGAUCUCUGCUGCCUUUGACAGUGGUGAGCCUGAGGACAUCCUGAGCAGGGCUUUCAAGCUCACUGUCACCCGUGAGGACAUCUGCACCCUGCAGCCCCGGGGCUGGCUCAAUGACCGGAUCAUGAAUUUCUACAUGGGUCUUCUGGUGGAAAGAAGCAAGAAGGAAGGAUAUCCAGCAGUCUAUGCUUUUAAUACCUUCUUUUAUUCCAAGCUAAGCUCUGCAAACCACAAGGGAGUAAAGAAAUGGACCAAAGGUGUUGAUAUCUUUGAGCAUGAUGUCAUCUUGGUGCCUAUUCACCUCAGAAUUCACUGGACACUGCUGGUCGUAGACCUCCGAGAGAAAGCCAUCAAAUACUUUGACUCCUUGGGACAGAAAGGAGACCACAUUUGUAAAACUGUCUUAAAAUACCUGGAAGAGGAAAGCAGGGAAAAAAGAAACAUUGAAUUGACUACUUCUGAGUGGACCCUUCACAGCAUGGGUACAGAGGAAAUCCCUCAACAAAACAAUGGAAGUGACUGCGGAGUUUUUGUUUGCAAAUUUGCCGAUUUCAUCUCCAGAGACAAACCCAUCAUCUUCACCCGGGAACACAUGCCUUAUUUCCGCAGGAAGAUGGUGUGGGAAAUAAUCCAUCAGCAGCUGCUGGGAGACAUGCACUGUUAGGAAAACACUGUUCUGUAAAAGAGUAGUAUUUAUUUCUUAUUGUUUAGGUGAGAUAAAUAUUAACUUAUGUAAGAGCCUUAUUGUAUGAGAAUGUUACUUGUUAAUAGAGUAAUUUAUUUUUUAAUUGAA